GUCCUGAGUUGACUUAUUAUUGUCAGAACUUCUGACUCAGAAGCAAUCUUAAAAAUGUCAAAAAGCAAGCGAGACGAUCUCUGUGCCAUUUCCCCGGCGAAUUGACGCCGAUUUCUUCCUCUCUCUCGCCGUCAUCUCUUCGGAACCCCCUCUGCCCCCCCCCCUCUUUAAUUGCAGAGUUUUCAAAGGCAAACAUGGAUGAUGAAACCUCUGCCAAAGAGAAGCAGAGGAACUCUUCUGAUAGGAUCAGCAAUUUACCUGAUUCCUUGUUAUGUCAGAUUCUCUCUGAUCUCUCCACGAAGGAAUCGGUUCGCACCAGCGUUUUAUCCAAUCGGUGGAGAAAUCUAUGGUUACAUGUCCCUGCGUUGGAUUUGGAUUCCAAUAACUUCCCAGAUGAGGAUGACGUUUUCUUGAGGUUCGUAGAUAAGUUUCUAGGUUCUGAAAAUGAGCAGUACCUGAAGAGUUUCAAACUGAUCUAUGAGGUUUAUGAGCACGAUGCUUCUCGUUUCAAGUCUUGGAUCGAUGCUGUGAUUAGGCGUAGGGUUCGUCGUUUUAAUGUGCAUAGUGAGGUGGAUGACGAUGAGAUUGUUAAGAUGCCUCAAUCUCUUUAUUCUUGUGAGAGUUUAGUUGACUUACGACUUUACCGCGUCGUUUUGAAUCGUCCCGAGUCUGUUUUGUUACCUUCUGUCAAGGUUAUGUAUCUAGAUAUGGUUAAGUAUGAUGCUGAUUCGACUCUGGAGAGUCUGAUAUCGAGCUGUCCUGUUCUCGAAGAGUUAACCAUUGUCCGUGAUCCUAAUGAUUGUCUUGAAGUUGUGUGUGUGCGUUCCAAGUCACUGAAAAGCUUCAAGAUUGAUUCUGAGCGCUAUGAAAGUGAAGAUCAUGUUGUUGCAAUCGAUGCUCCAAGACUUGAGUAUAUGAAUCUCAGCGAUCACCGAUCUGAUAGCUUCGUUAUACACAGUAUUGGUCCAUCUGCAAAGGUAGACAUUGAUGUUCUCUUUAAUGUGGAAUAUUGUGAGCCAUUGGAUACAGAUGAUUCUUCCAAGAUAGCUAUGCUUGGUAAAUUCCUCACCGGGUUAGCUACAGUCAGCGACAUGACCAUCUCUGCUGAGACUCUAAAUGUUAUUCAUGAUUACUGCGAGAUUGAACAGCUACCUCAAUUCUCCAACUUGUCUCACUUGCAUGCUUACUUCCAAGAAACUUCGUGGGAAAUGUUGCCAGCCUUCCUUGAGAGCUGCCCAAAUCUACACUCUGUCAUCCUGGAAUUUGAUUUGCUUCCGGAGACAGAGCAGAUUGAUCUUUCAUCUGUGCCAAAAUGUUUCCUAUCAUCUCUUGAGUUUGCUCACCUGAAGACUCCAUUCUCUGUAAGCACGCAAAAGAAAGGGAGACCACUAACAGGGACAUCAAGUAAGAUGAAAUUAGCAAAGUAUUUUUUAGAGAAUGGUGCAGCUCUCAAGAAACUGACAGUAAGUGCGAGUUUCUGUAACAUCAUCAACAAAAUCAAAUCGGUUCCAAGGAGUUCUACCAAGUGUGAAGUCGUCAUGGAUUAACUGAGCCAGCAUACAAGGAGCUGCUUAGGAGUCUUAAUGUAAUUUUCUUUCAAGGCAGAAAAAGGCUCAGGCGAUUAAGUGAACUCCCUUCUUUCUUUUCUUUUAUUUAUUUUUUUUUUUAUUUUUUUGAUUGCAAGUGAACUCUCUAUUUACAGACCCUGUUUCUACUUAGUACCUAACUAUAACACUCCGUUGGUGUUUGGAGUUGUAAGAAUAAGAAAAUCAAGUGAAACAUUUUGGUGACUAAUAUAGUCAGAGAAUGAGAUAUGAUUAACCAA